CAGUUAUGUCCCAUACAAACAACUCUAACUUUCAAUGAAAUCGUCAUUCAUAUUGUGUUUUUACUGAACACUUCGCUAUUAUUCAGAGAGAAGACAUUUAUUGAAUAUCUGUAAAACAAAUUUUUUCAUUGCGUGAGACAUUCAAUUAAUUUUAUAAUAUGUCUGCUGAAGAACUAUCCAAAGAACAGGUUCAAAUGCUUAGGAAAGCAUUUGAUAUGUUUGAUAGGGAUAAGAAGGGACACAUCCACACCAAUAUGGUGUCCACUAUAUUACGGACAUUGGGUCAGACCUUCGAGGAAGGGGAUCUUCAGGCAUUAAUUGCUGAGAUAGAUGCCGAUGGAAGUGGAGAACUGGAAUUUGAAGAAUUCUUGGCACUGACUGCCCGAUUCUUAGUUGAAGAGGACGCCGAAGCCAUGCAGGAAGAGUUGAGAGAGGCUUUCCGUAUGUACGACAAAGAGGGCAAUGGAUUUAUCCCAACGUCUGCCUUAAGAGAAAUAUUAAGAGCUUUGGACGACAAACUUACUGAAGACGAAUUGGACGAAAUGAUUGCUGAGAUCGAUACUGACGGAUCCGGAACCGUUGACUUUGAUGAGUUCAUGGAAAUGAUGACUGGAGACUAAAUUAAAGGAUUAUUUAUUAACAAUAAAUUUCCAAAAUUGUUUUCAAUAAUAAACAGCAUAUUUUAUUCACUAAAAACACUUGAAAUAUAUGUUAAAGAAAAUAACUAAAAUUUUACACAAAAUGUUUUAUCAGUUAUUGCUAUCAGUUAUUUAUAUAUAUAUAAAUAUAUUAAAAGUUGUUCAUGUUAUAAGUUAUAAAUAUA